AUGGGCAGUAUUGACGAGGAAUAUGACCGGCUCGUUGAACAUCUUGACUGUACGAGGAGGGUUGAUAGCUUUAAAACCACCAAGAGGCGCCUGUCUCUUAAAACUCUUAAGCUGAUACGUCAGCGUGGAGCAGCACGAGCCGCAGGGAACCAAAAACUCACGUCUGAGCUCGCAAGGCUUUGCAGAGAGGUGUUAAACCAAGACCUUAAAGAGAGAAGAGCAGAAGUGCUGGCUGAGGCUGCAGAGGCGGGGAAAAGCAUCCGCUAUGUCCGUCGAGACUUUGCCAGUCGUAUGACGAAGAUGACUUCUCUCCGGAACCCGAAGGGUACAACCACUGUAUCGAGAAGGGAAAUGGAGGAAACGACUCAUCUACAACUUCUAUCCUGA